GGUGAUGCUGCAGCCAAGAUGGCGCCGGCGGUGGCCGCGGCUGCCUGAGCGCAAUGCUCCCGGUCCCUGGCGGCAGCGGUGGCGGCUGUGGCCUCGGCCGGGGCCUCAGGUCUGUCCCGGGCGUGAGUGCUCACGCGCCUCUCCUCCGGCCGGGUUAACCCAGACAAAGAGGAGACGGCCACGAAGAGAGGAGGCAGUGAGGAACGGAGAGAGAGCGCGGCGCCCCCCGCUUCGGCACCAUGGCUGGGCUCAUCAAGAAACAGAUCCUGAAGCACCUCUCCAGAUUUACCAAAAAUUUAUCUCCUGACAAGAUAAAUCUAAGUACCCUUAAAGGAGAAGGUGAACUGAAGAAUUUGGAGUUGGAUGAAGAGGUGCUCCAGAAUAUGUUGGAUUUGCCAACAUGGCUUGCUAUCAACAAAGUUUUUUGUAAUAAAGCAUCAAUUAGGAUACCAUGGACAAAACUGAAAACACAUCCCAUCUGUUUGUCCUUGGAUAAAGUAAUAAUGGAAAUGAGUACAUGUGAAGAACCACGAAACCCAAAUGGCCCAUCACCAAUUGCAACUGCUUCAGGACAAAGUGAAUACGGCUUUGCUGAAAAAGUAGUUGAGGGAAUUACUGUUUCUGUAAAUUCCAUUGUCAUCCGCAUUGGAGCAAAAGCCUUCAAUGCAUCCUUUGAACUUUCCCAGCUACGGAUCUAUAGUGUAAAUGCGAACUGGGAACAUGGAGAUUUAAGAUUUGCUCGUAUUCAAGAUCCACAGAGAGGAGAGGUUUUGACCUUUAAGGAAAUAAAUUGGCAGAUGAUUCGAAUAGAGGCAGAUGCUACCCAAAGCUCACAUCUUGAAAUUAUGUGUGCUCCUGUUCGAUUAAUAACCAACCAAUCAAAAAUCAGAGUCACACUUAAAAGAAGAUUAAAGGACUGCAAUGUCAUUGCAACAAAGUUAGUUCUAAUGCUGGAUGACUUAUUAUGGGUUUUAACGGAUUCCCAGUUGAAGGCUAUGGUACAAUAUGCAAAAUCUCUUAGUGAAGCAAUAGAAAAAUCAACAGAACAAAGGAAGAGUAUGGCUCCUGAACCUACACAGAGCUCUACAGUAGCCCCAUCUACCCAGCAAGUGAAGACACCACAGACUUCAAAUGCUCCUGAUCUAAAUGAUGCAAUUGUGAAACUAUUCAAUGACUUUGAUGUUAAAGAAACCUCCCAUCAUUUAGUGAUUUCUCAUCUAGAUCUACACAUAUGUGAUGAUAUUCAUGCUAAAGAAAAAGAGUCAAACAGACGUAUUACUGGAGGGGCUAUGCAACUGUCUUUUACACAGCUAACUAUAGAUUAUUAUCCUUAUCACAAAGCAGGAGAUAGUUGUAAUCAUUGGAUGUAUUUUAGUGAUGCAACCAAAAUAAAAAAUGGUUGGGCCAACGAGUUGUUACAUGAAUUUGAGUGCAACGUUGAAAUGCUUAAACAGGCUGUAAAGGAUCAUGAUGUAGGUUCACCUCCUGAAUCCCCAACACAUGCCUCUCCCCAGCACACACAAACAGAGAAAGACUCAACUCUGAAAGGGACUUCCAAAACGCCUACAGUGUUACCUCAACAAUCCAAAGUUAAGUUAAUGUCUAGUUCUGUUGUGGUUAGACUUGCAGAUUUCAAUAUAUACCAGGUCUCUACAGCAGAACAAUGUCGUUCCUCCCCCAAAAGUAUGAUUUCUUGCAAUAAAAAAUCCCUGUAUCUUCCACAAGAAAUGUCAGCUGUCUAUAUAGAAUUCACAGAAUAUUACUAUCCAGAUGGAAAGGAUUUUCCAAUUCCAUCUCCCAACCUUUAUAGCCAGCUGAAUGCACUACAGUUUACUGUGGAUGAAAGAAGUAUUCUAUGGUUAAAUCAGUUUCUGUUGGAUUUAAAACAGAGUCUUAAUCAGUUUAUGGCUGUGUACAAGUUGAAUGACAAUUCAAAAUCUGAUGAGCAUGUUGAUAUUCGAGUUGAUGGCUUAAUGCUAAAGUUUGUCAUUCCUUCUGAAAUGAAAUCUUCUGAAUGUCAUCAAGAUCAACCACAUGCAAUUUCUAUUCAGAGUUCAGAAAUGAUUGCUACAAAUACAAGAUACUGUUCAAACUGUCGACAUUCUGAUUUAGAAGCUUUGUUUCAAGACUUCAAAGAUUGUGAUUUUUUCAGUAAAACAUAUACCAGUUUCCCCAAAUCUGGUGACAAUUUUAAUCUUCUGCAUCCAAUCUUCCAGAGACAUGCUCAUGAACAAGAUACCAAACUGCAUGAAGUUUAUAAAGGAAAUGUUACUCCUAAGUUGAAUAAAUACACUCUUAAAACUUCUGCUGCCACGGAUGUUUGGGCUGUGUACUUUUCUCAAUUUUGGAUAGAUUAUGAAGGGAUGAAAAGUGGAAAAGGACGACCAAUAAAUUUUGUAGAUUCUUUCCCUCUUUCCAUCUGGAUUUGUCAACCAAAAAGGUAUGCAUUGUCACAAAAAUUGCUGCAGACUUGUAAUCAGAUAUCUCUAAAUACAUCACAAAGUGAGUCCAGUGAUCUGACUGGCCGAUGGAAGCGGAAAAAGCUCUUGAAGGAGUAUUAUAGUACAGAGUCUGAUCCCUUGACAAAUGGUAGUCAGAAACCUUCAGAUACAUUUUUAAGAUUUUCCUCUUCAUCAUCAGAUGCAGAUAUUCAUGUCCUGGUUCACAUUCAUAAACAUGUCAGUAUGCAGAUCAAUCACUACCAGUAUCUGCUCCUGCUUUUCCUCCACGAGUCACUUAUUUUGCUUUCAGAGAAUUUAAGGAAAGAUGUAGAAGCUGUGACUGGCAAUCCAGCUAGUCAGACAUCCAUUUGCAUUGGAAUUUUACUUAAAAGUGCGGAAGUGGCUCUUUUGCUUCAUCCAGUAGAUAAAGCAAAUAGUCUUAAGUCUCCUGUUUCUGAAAGUGUGAGUCCAGUGGUUCCUGAUUAUUUGCCUACAGAAAAUGGAGAAUUUUUGUCUUCAAAAAGAAAACAAGUUAAUAGUGGUAUAAAACAAAUUAGAAGUGUAACUGUUAAUCAUAUGUCAGACAACAGAUCUAUGAGUAUUGACCUUAGCCAUGUCCCUUUGAAGGAUUCUUUGCUUUUUAAAUCAGCUAGUGAUACAAAUCUGCAAAAAGGUAUUUCUUUUCUGGAUUAUUUAUCAGAUAAAAAUUUAGGGAAAAUAAGCGAAGAUGGAAGUAGUGGAAUUGUUUGCAAAAGUGGCUCAGGAGAAAUUGGAUCAGAAACAAGUGGCAAAAAGGAUUCGUCUUAUACAGAUUCAAAUAGUGUCUUAAACUACAGAGAAGACUCAAGUAUGCUGUCAUUUGAUAAUGGUGGUAAUCAGAACAUACUUUCAAAUAGUUUAACUAGUAAAGGAAAUGAAACCAUAGAGUCAAUCUUUAAAGCUGAAGAUUUGCUUCCAGAAACAGUUUCACUCUCUGAGAACAUGGAAAUCAGUAAAGAAGAAGCACCCACAGUCAGAACACUUAAAUCACAGUCAUCUUUAAGCAGAAAGCCUAAGGAACGUUACCCACCCAACAUGGCUCCACUCUCUGUUUCUUAUAAGAACAUGAGAAGAAGCCCCUCACAAACCUCACUGGAUACCAUUUCACUUGACAGCAUGAUAUUGGAAGAACAGUUGUUAGAAAGUGAUGGAAGUGAUAGUCAUAUAUUUUUGGAAAAAGGUAUUAAAAAGAACUCAACUACAAAUUACCAGAGCCCAGCAGAUCGGGCAAAUGCCAGUGCAAACCUACAGAAUUAUGGUGAAACCUCUCCAGAUGCCAUCAGUACAAAUUCAGAGGGUGCUCAAGAAAAUCAUGAUGACCUGAUGUCAGUUGUGGUGUUUAAAAUUAUUGGUGUUAAUGGAGAAAUUGACAUCCGAGGGGAAGAUAUGGAAAUCUGUCUUCAAGUGGACCAAGUGACACCAGAUCAGUUAGGCAAUAUCAGUCUACGGCAUUACCUUUGUAAUCGUCCAGUAGUUUCAGAUCAUAAAGCUGUAAUUCAUUCUAAAUCCUCUCCUGAGAUUACUCUGAGAUUUGAAAGUGGGCCUGGUGCUGUAAUACACUCUUUGCUUGCAGAAAAGAAUGGCUUUCUGCAGUGCCAUAUAGAAAACUUUAGCACUGAGUUUCUUAUAUCUUCUCUUAUGAAUAUUCAACAUUUUUUGGAAGAUGAAACUGUUGCAACAGUGAUGCCAAUGAAGAUACAAGUUUCUAACACAAAAAUAAAUUUAAAAGAUGACAGUCCUCGUAGUAGUACAGUAUCCCUUGAACCAGCUCCUGUAACUGUUCAUAUUGAUCAUCUUGUGGUAGAGAGAAAUGAUGAUGGCUCUUUUCAUAUCAGAGAUUCUCAGAUGCUUAACUCUAGAAAUGAUUUGAAAGAAGAUGUCAAAAGUGAUUCAGUGCUGCUUACCAGUGGAAAGUGUGAUCUGAAAAAACAACGCAGUGUCACUCAAGCCACUCAGACGAGCCCAGAGGUUCCUUGGCCUUCUCGGUCAGUCAACUUUCCUGAGUGCUCCUUUGACUUUACUAGGGAACAGCUCAUGGAAGAGAAUGAAUCUCUUAAACAGGAAUUGGCUAAAGCUAAAACAGCUCUUGCAGAGGCUCACUUGGAAAAAGAUGCUCUUCUCCAUCACAUAAAGAAGAUGCAGUUGAAUAGCAGGAGUGGCAGUCAGAAACUUAAAUUAUAGCUCUGGAGUAUGGUGGUUAUAUUUAUAAUGUGAUGUUACCAAUUAGUGGAAGACUUUCCUUUUCAUGAAAAGACAAUAAAAUGAAAUAGAAUGUGAUGAAGUGGUGACUAUUCCAAAGCCAGUUUAGAAAAUACUAGGUACGGGCAUUACAGUCUUUUGGUUGUUUUGUGUUUUGGGGUUUAACCCUCUUUUAAACUGGUGUGAUAUAGGGAAGUCAACGCAUACUGUAAGAUAAUUACCUGCCUAAUGAAUAGAAGAUGUCAUUUCCUAAUUUUGAUAUUACAUUAUAGGCAUUUUUUAAAAAGAAAAAUUAAAAUCUAUGUGUUCCCACUAUUUAUCACUAUUUGUUAAUAAUUUACUAUUAUUUACAAAGAUUCAGAUGCUUUUAGGGCUAAUGUAAAAUAAAAGGAGGCUUACAUUUUAAAUGUUAUUAAAAUUAUGUACUUAAAUCUAUAAUUACUGUAAAAAAUCCAAUCAAAUUAAUAAAUAUCUAAUGGCUGGGUUUGAAAAUUCUAGAAAAUCAUCACCCUACUGCGCUUAUGAAGUAACUUGAAAAUGUGAAAAAGAAUCAUUUUAAGUAAUGGGUAAACUGUGUAAGUUGAAGCUAUAAUUUUCAACAAAGAAGAUGGCACAAAUGUUAAAAUAAAAAGCACAAACUGUAAAAAAGCAAGACAUUAGAGUAUAUGGCCAACUGAUUUAAAAAGCAUUAUUUGUACAUUCCUUUAAACGUUUAUCAUUAGAAGUAAAAGAGUAAUUUAACUAUCCUGCUAAAUUUAGCAGCAUUUGUAACUGUAAGAAUUUUAACUAAUACUAUUUAUAUUAGUUCUUUACCUUCAUCUUUCCUCUAUUUAAAGAAGGGAAUGUUUUCAGAGAAUUUUCUUUUCACGUACAUAAAACAAUUUCAUACCAUUCCUGUAGUAUCACAACAGGUGGAUGUUUGCACAUGUCAAAUUUAUAAUGCUAGUUUUGAUUAAAGUUCUAUGUGACUUAUAUAUAUUAUCUUCUAUAAUAAGAAAAACUGGUAAAUUUUGAAUUCUAUUUUCUAGGGAUUUUUAAGUUUGAAACCAACACGAGAGAGAAUCUCAAUCAUGCAUUAUGAAAUAAAAGUUUGAGUAUUUAAGAAACAGAGGCUUUUAACAAUUUAAAAUAUAUUUCUGAUAGAAUUAAACUAAGUGGGGUCUAUUUUAAAAUUCACAUUCUUAAACAUAAAUAUAACCAAGAUAGAACAUGAAACAGCUGGACUGCUCUUUCUUUAAGAUACUUGAAAAUUUUCAAAUUUUCAACCAUGUUCGGACACUUUAUGGUGCUUUGCUUGUUUGGCAUGACUUAUAUAGCCAUCCCUCUAUCUAAGUACUUGGAAGGAAAUACAUGUUUCAUUUUACAUUAAGUGUUGGAGUGAUUUUAGAUUUUAUUGAAAAUGGUACUGGCCUUUUUUUUUUUUUCUGUAAUGUCCAUUUUAAUUAACAUUAUUUAAAAUACAGACCCUGUUUUGGGAGCUAAGGAUACAGCAAAGAACAAGUUAAAUUGUUAUUAUUUUACCUCAGAGUGUUUUAAAAAUCCUGUUAAACCAUUUUAAUCUAAGACUAUUAUAUAGUUUUAGAUUAAAAGCAAAGGUCUAAUUAAAUAUUUUAAAUGUAUAGCUUAUAUCCUUAGUAGAGUACUUUUGAUCUGUAGGUAUAUAGUCAACAAAAGCAGUCUCUAUUAUAGAAAAGCAGGAUUGAUGGUACAUUAACUUCUUCAGAGCUUGCAGUGUUUCUCAGACUUGAGCUAUUUGCUCUAUAUGAAUUUUAAAUUUAUGUGUUAUAAUUAUUUAGUGUUACAGAUGCUGAAUGUUUUUCUUAUUUUCAAUUUACUUGGCCUUCUCAAGAAAAUGAUAUAAACAGUAGAGAUGAUAAUUAAUGUGGAUCUGAAUAUUCUGUAUGCUUUGUUAGACUUUUAAAAAUUUAUAGUGAUUACUAUUUUUAUAGAGAUUUAAAAUUAAUAAAACACUUCCAAAAGCAUUAUGUAAUUCCCACAGCAAACCUGGGAGGUAGGUAUUAUUCACAUUUUAAAAGUUAAAUAAAAAACUUAAGGCUCAGACAGAACAACUGACUUGACUGAAACCACAAUAACCUGCUCUUUUUACUUAAAUCCCAAUUAUAUGCUUUUAUUUUAUCUUAUUCCUUAUUUCACAGAUUUUUCCUGAGGUGGAGAAAGGAAUCACUUGUUGGUCUUUUAUCUGUUUUUCUUUUAAACAUAAAUAAUAAUACUUUUAAAGUGUGUGUGUGUAUGAUGUGUGUAUUAUUCAAACUAUUUAAAAGAUAAGGGGAGAAUUUUUUUUAAGUUAACCUCAACCUUUUUAGCUGUGUGAGAAAUAUAGGAAUCAACUUGUAAUAAACUUACCAGAGUUUUUAAAUGACCACAAAUUAGAUAUAAAGUUGCCAUGUCUUUGCUAAGUCCCUAGCAGAGAUGUUAAUAAUCAGGGGAAGAAAAUGAUAUUUGUGUUUUCCUUUUUAAUUUUACGUAUGUGAACAACAUUUUCUUGGCAUCUUGUAUUUUUUUUCUUUUCUCAUUUUAUCCUAGAAUUCAAAAGAUCACCAUGUGACACUAGUUGUAAUGAAACAUUAUUUUUAUUUAAGCCAUGUAAGAAUGGCUAUAUAAGAUUGCAGGCAAAUAUAUGUGAAAAAAUUAACCAGAAACUCCUUUUGGAUUUUUAUUGUAGUUAUUGUUAUUCAGUACUUGUCAAUACAGGGGUUAAAACUUCCUCUUUAAGUUUUUAUUAACGUAUCCAAUCUAAGGUACCACCAUCACCCUGGUUUCCAAGCUGGUAACCUAGAACUCCUCUUAGACACCUUCCUCUCCCUAACUGCAACCCCCCACCCCCAAAUCAGUUCACUACUGCGUCCUGUUAUUUUACCUUGUAAAUUUGUCUACUUCUCUUCACUUACCACCUUCCUAAUCUAAGCUACCAUCAGCACUUUUUACCUGCAUUACUGCAGUCGACUCCUAACUGGUCUUCCUAAGCUGCUCUGUCCUUCCUGAUUCAUUUUUAUAGGCAGGGAGAAUUCUCUUUUUUGAAGUGCAGUUUUAAUCAAGGCAACCCACCUACCCCCAGUUUCACCUCUAGCUUAAAACACAUUAAUGGCGUUUCAUUGCUCUUAUGAUUAAAACAAAAAUAUUUUAUGUUGCCUAUGAGAUUAUGUAUUAGGACCACUAUUUAUAUUAUAAUUCUGAACGUUGAAAAAGUUAAUGUCUCAAAACAUUAAAACAAUGACUGGCACAUCACCUUAAAAAGCAUUUAAUAGAGGUUAGUUAUUAUUAUUACUUCUUAGUUUCAUUUUGCACCAUGUUUCACUUUCUUUGUGUUCUACCCUCAUUGCACUUUAACUGUCUGGAAUAAGUGAGAAUCAAGGUGCCUCUUCCACCAUAGGAACCUUUGUUCAUGCUAUUCCUUUGGCUUGAAGUACUUUCAUCACUUAGUUAAUUCCUAUUUGUCUUUUGGAUCUCAGCUCAUUCAUCACUUCCUCAGGGAAGCAUUCCCUAAUUUCUUUCACCAGAGUAAGACCCACUGUUAUACAUUAUCACACGAACACAUACCACUACUUAGCAUUGAACACCUUUGUAAUUUAAUAUGUUUUUGAUUAAUGUAGACCCUCUACAUUGUAAACUCCAUGAGGACAGGAAUUGUGUGUGUUUUUGUUGUCACUGUUCAACUUUGCAUUCCUUGUGCCUCAUACAGUGCCUGGCACAUAGUAGGUUCUCAAUAA